AUGUCUGCUGAUAAAGUUGCUAGCAAAAUAGCCAUAAAAUACCCUACAACAAUGAGUUGUACAGAAUGUUUUGAUCAACUGACUGAAUGUUUUAGCAUAGGUGGUCAAUUCAGAAAUUAUUAUAGAUAUGGUAAAUUUGAUUUGUGUGAAAAACAAGGCGAUAAGUUAAAAUUUUGCUUAGCUAAUAGUACUGACCCAGUUAAAGUACAGGAAUGGUAUAAGAAAGAAUUAGAGUAUAACAAGAAGUACAGAGGUACAAGCGAUGACGUGUGGGAAGAAAGGUAA